AUGGCCAGUUCGGAUGAUAGCAGCGAUGCUGAGAUGGAACCUAAACCGUCGACAUCACAAGCCAAGGGAAAGAAAAACGUAGAAAAUGGAAAACCUAAACGUAAACGAUUGCAAGACUACCUGGAUGAAAGAGUCGCACGUGAAGCAGCGGAACGUGCAGAAGAGGCGCUAGCGAAACGAAGACGCCGUGGACUGGCGGACGACGAGGAAGAUGUCGAAGAAACGUCCUUUCCUGUCAUCAAUCCGUUGAACUUUGUCAAGAACAAGGAAAUUCGCCACAAGCGCUUCAAACGCCAACAAGGAAUCAAACGAAAAGAAGAGAAGGCAACUAAAAAGACCCGAGAGCUGGAAGGAAUACCUUCGGCUCCGAGCCAUACGAUCGAAAGUUUGCGCGAAAAGGAUGAAACCACGGUGGCGAAUAUCGAAGAAGAUGAUCAAGAGGAGGUGAUGAAUGAUCUGGGAAACGAUGAAUUCUGCGAAUACUACAAGAAGAGUUACGAGCCUCGCAUCCUGAUCACGUUCAAUGCCACGCCGCAUAACCGUACCCGGCAAUUUGCCUCUCUGUUGCGACGUAUGGUCCCAAAUGCGUCCACAUUUCGGCGUAAUAAAACCGCCCUGAAAAGGGUCUGCAAGAGUGCUAUCCGCGAGAAGUAUACGGACAUCAUAGUGAUCAAUGAGAACAAUAAGAAACCGGAAGGUUUACUGGUUAUUCACCUCCCCGAGGGGCCAACGGCGCACUUUAAGAUAUCCAACUUCCGCGACCUGAAGGAACUGAGGCGCAAAGCGGAGGAUAUUUCGACACACCGACCAGAGGUGAUAUUGAAUAAUUUCACCACCCGUCUGGGUCUGACAAUCGGUCGUAUGCUUGGCGCGCUGUUUCAUUACCAACCGGAAUUUCGUGGCCGGCGAGUGGUGACGUUCCACAAUCAGCGUGAUUAUAUAUUCUUCCGGCAUCAUAUGUACGAAUUUGACAAGAACGGGAAACGUGUGAAGCUGCGAGAAAUGGGACCACGUUUCACGCUAAAGCUACGGUCCCUGCAGGUUGGACUCUUCGAUGGUAAAUGCGGCGACUACGAAUGGAUGAUUACUAACAAACGCCACCAAAUGGAAAGUCGACGAAGAUUUUUCUUAUAA